CAAACAGUAGGAAAGUUCAAAGGAAAAUUUUGGUGACGUUUUCAUGUCAAUAACAAAAAGUCAAUCCCAAUGCAACCAUUUAAAUCCAAACCGCUAGCUGGCAGUAUUUUAUUGUAAACACCCGCCAAAACCGGCCUCGUGCUAAUCGUGCUGUCCGUAAACUGAGCGCAUUUUCUCCCAAACAAACAGAGCUGAUUUUAAAGCUCUCAGAUGGCAGUGAACAAUGGUGUAACGGUGCUACAACUCGGCUCUGAGAAUCCGAGGCAUCAGUCUGACCUCCACCUUUUACCCUGUGACAUCGAGCAUGACGGACCUGCACAAGUGGCCCAGUUUUUCACUCCUGCAGUGAAGGAACGAAAGCACGAAAAGACAGUGUCAUUUAGGGGUCGGGGGCUGAAAGGUCAGGAGGUGACACAUCCUCUGGGUUACACAGGAGUGGUGCUGAAGGAGGUACAGAGACCCUCGUCUGAUCAAGAAGACGGAGUUGUUAAGGUGUCUUCAUUUUUUCCGAAUUUUACAUACUGGAAUUUGGAGAUUCCUCCCACCUCGGAUGAUCGAGUCAUGAUGGCAAUGGUGUGGCCAAAAUUAGCAGAGAGGAUGCAUGCACCAGUGGCGGACUGAAAGCUUCAGCAGGACACAUUUUUCACCAGCGUGUGUGUCGUACCUGAAAACCUCAUGAUGAUUCUCACUGUUCUGAGAUCAUGUUUUCAUUUCAGUAUAUUUUUACUUGUAAUAUUGAUGCAUUCUGUUGUUACCCUUUACACAUGAUUGUGUAUAAUAAAUCUACACAGGAGUCUGAGUUGGACAGAAAUAAAACAAUAGAUGACUUGGGCAACAAUUAUUAAAAGGUUUAUUCACAAGAUUGAGCUGUUUAACAGGUUGAGAUGAAACAUUUACAUCAUGGAGCAGAUGAAAAUUUUGUGUAAAUCUACUGGAUUAGACAAAAUUGAAGAGCCAGUUUUGGAUCUGAACACAAAACUACGACACUUCAGAACAGACAACUGCAUGAAGAAAAUUAAAAAUCAUAUUUUAUUGAAAGA